CUCUCUCUCUCUCUCAUGGCGAGUGUGGCCGGCAACAGUGAUGUUAACCAGUCCCUGUUGGCGCACCCAGUGAAUGGCCAUCAAAACGGCGUUGAUCAUCGGGAUGAGAAGGAGAAGGAGAAGGAGAAGCUCACGACUAGAGUUUGGAUCGAGACGAAGAAGAUAUGGCAAGUAGCAGGCCCCGCCAUCUUCACUCGGGUGGCAAUGUACUCCAUGAACGUCAUCACCCAAGCCUUUUCCGGCCACCUCGGGGAAGUCGAACUCGCUGCCAUGUCCAUCGCCAACACAGUCAUAUUGGGCUUCAACUUCGGCCUCCUGCUAGGCAUGGCAAGCGCGCUAGAGACGCUAUGCGGUCAAGCCUUUGGCGCGAAAAGAUACCAAAUGCUCGGCAUCUACAUGCAAAGGUCGUGCAUCGUGCUCUUCCUGUGUUGCUUCCUGUUGCUGCCCAUCUACAUUUUCACGACACCGCUCCUACAGCUCCUGGGCCAAGCCGACGACGUCGCGGAGAUGUCCGGCGUGUUGGCCCUGUGGUUCAUCCCUCUCCACUUCAGCUUCGCGUUCAUGUUCCCGCUGAACAAGUUCUUGCAGAGCCAGCUCAAGAACGUGGUCACGGCCUGGGUCUCGCUGGCAGGCUUGGUCGUGAACGUGGUCGCGAGCUGGCUCUGCGUGUACGUCUUCGACUUCGGCGUGGCGGGGCUGUGCGUAGCGCUGGAUGUCUCUUGGUGGCUCAUGGUUGUGGGGUUGUAUUGGUACUCGGCUUGUGGGGGUUGUCCUUUGACAUGGACCGGUUGGUCCGCGGAGGCGUUCUCGGAGUUGUGGGAGUUCUUCAAAUUAUCUCUCGCUUCUGGAGUCAUGCUCUGCCUAGAGAACUGGUACUAUAGGAUAUUGAUACUGAUGACCGGAUAUUUGCGAAACGCUACGGUCACGGUGGACGCCUUAUCAAUAUGCAUGAGCAUCAACGGAUGGGAGAUGAUGAUCCCUUUAGCCUUCCUUGCUGCCAUCGGAGUGAGAGUGGCGAAUGAACUCGGAGCUGGAAACGCUGAGGCCGCCAAGUUCGCGACCAUCGUGUCGGUGGUUCAAUCAACUAUGAUCGGCCUCUUCUUCUGUGCGCUCAUAAUGAUCUUGCACAACAAAUUUGCCUACAUUUUCACAUCAUCCACCGAUGUUCUCGAAGAAGUGGACGAGCUAUCUUAUCUUCUGGGUGUCACGAUCCUCCUCAACAGCGUUCAACCAAUUUUGUCGGGAGUUGCCGUCGGAUCGGGGUGGCAAGCGUAUGUUGCGUACAUAAAUUUGGGAUGCUACUACGUCGUUGGGCUUCCUCUUGGAUUGCUCAUGGGAUGGGUGUUUCACUUUGGUGUCAUGGGUAUCUGGGGUGGCAUGGUGUUUGGCGGGACUGCAAUCCAAACAAUGAUACUUGCCGUGAUAACAAUCAACUGUGAUUGGGCGAAGGAGGCCGAGAAAGCUAAGGCACGAGUGGCAAAGUGGUCUACUCCAGAUCCUGAGUUGCUUGCUCUAGCUGAUGGCUAGAACUCACAUCUUCAGUAUUGGAUCAGCCUUUAUUUUGUCCUAAUUUGAAGUAGGAGCAAUCAUGACAGGACUUUUUUUUCCCAUACACUGAAGUUGAGUCGCUAGCAUUGGUUGUGUGUGCCCUCCUCUUCAUGUAAAUU